GUUAUCAGUGUAACGUUUAAAGUUAUCUUUUUCUCUCUACAACAACAACACAGUUGUCUUUUUAAAAGCCAUUCUCCUUUUUCCCUCUUUCUAGCUACCCACCUCUUCUCCCUUCCCUUUCUACAAACCCAGAAAAGAAAAAAUUGAAUUUUCUCAAAAAAAAAAAAACAUAAAAAAAAAAUGCUACCAGUACCAGGGUUUAAUAAUGGAGUUGCAUGGAUAGAACAAGCAGAAGAAAAAGAAGAACCCAUUUCAUGGAUGAGGAAUAACAAGGAACAAGUAGUAGAAGGUGAUGAAUUGGUCCCUAUGUCUAGCUUUAAGUUAAUGUUAGAAGAUGACUUGUUUAUGAACAACAACAACAACCCAUUAUUACUUCAUCAAAACCAUGAAACCAAAGACCUUUCAUUCUCUUCUCUCCUCAAUGUUAUUUGUAAUAACCCACUUGAGAAUAACUUUGAUUUAAGUUGUUAUCCUGAAUUUCUACCACCAUUACAGAUUAACCACAAUGGGUUUACUAAUUUAACCUCUCAGGAAGAAAUGGGUUCUUCAAAUUUGAUUCCGUUGCCUGAAAAUGUCGUCAAUCUUACUGGUUUUCAAGAACCCUUUUCUCUCAAACCCUUAGAGAUCGACUUUGGCCAAACCUAUAGGGCGUUUAGUCAAGCAGACUCAUCAAAAUGGGUUGAACCCACUCUUUUUCAGAAAAGAAUUGCUGCUAUUAAGCAGAAUUUAGCUACACCGGUGAAUGGAGGUUUAGGGUUUUUUAGUUGUUCAGAUAAUAAUGGUCAGAGUUCAGUUAUGAUGGAGGAUGAUGUGAAAGGGAAAUUGGAGUUGCUAGGAGGUGAACAAGAGAAGAGUGUUGAUGGGUCUUGUUUGAAUUAUGACUCUGAUGAGGGAAACGAGAAUGGGAAUUCUAAGAAUGAGAAUAGUACUAUUGUCACUGGUGGAGACCAAAAGGGGAAAAAUAGGAAAGGAGCACCGGCUAAGAAUUUGAUGGCCGAGAGACGUCGGAGGAAGAAGCUUAAUGAUAGGCUUUACAUGCUGAGAUCUGUUGUUCCCAAGAUUAGCAAGAUGGAUAGAGCUUCUAUACUAGGAGAUGCCAUUGAAUAUUUGAAAGAGCUUCUGCAAAGGAUUAACAAUCUUCAAAAUGAACUAGAAACAACCCCACCUGAUUCUUCAACACAGUCCACUGUCCACCCUUCGACAUCUACCCCAGCAACGCUAACCUCCCGCGUCAAGGAGGAACUUUGCCCAAUCACUUUGCCUAGUCCAAACGGCCAACCUACAAGGGUUGAAGUUAGGUUAAGCGAAGGAAAAGGUGUCAACAUCCACAUGUUUUGUGCUCGCAGACCAGGUUUGUUAUUCUCCAUCAUCAGGGCUCUGGAUGAUCUUGGUUUAGAUAUCGAGCAGGCUGUUAUCAGUUGUUUUGAGGGGUUCUCUCUGGAUGUUUUCCGUGCUGAGCAACGCAAAGAAGGCUCUGAUCUGCUGCCAGAGCACAUCAAGUCGAUUCUACUCGACUCGGCUGGGUUUCACGGAGUGAUGUAGUCCUGAUACAACACAUAUCUCAAGAUCUCAACAACAGUCACACGAGCAGAUUGAGUUGAACUUGUAACAGCAAGCUUAUUAACACGGUGAAUGUGUUCCUUUUGAUGAUUAUGGGUAAAUGGAACCAACGCCAAAAUUAGGUUAGUUCAAUCAAAGUGGUUCGUAACAAAAGCUUAUUUGUAGGUCCCUUAAACAUACGUUUAGUAGAGAUGUAGGCUAAUUGGGAGCAAAUUCCCUUACCGUCAGGUUCAUGCUGGCUUUGGGUAACAUAAUGUGCUGUAGCUAGUUCAUUCAAAAUUAGAUACACUAUUCAUUUUGAGUUAUUUAUGUUUUCUUUACUGCUA